GGGAUCCAGCAGCUGGUAGUGAGUUGCUAGAGCGCCCAGCAGGCAGCAGCCGACGGUCAACACAGCAACACAUCUUCCACUCCAUGUGAGAGAAACUGAGCCGUCUACCUUACAGGCGACAGAAGAAUAUGCUGUUCGGACGCCUGACGUGGUACCGCAGCGGCUUUUGAGUCCUCAUUGUCACCCGGGUUUCAUUUUGGAGGAUUCCUCCCUCCAUCCUCCGGAUCGCACCGAACAGGCAAUGACAACGGUGUCAGCAACCCCGCAGCAGAUGAGGGACCGGCUGCUGCAGGCCAUCGACACUCACAGCAAUAUACGCAAUAUGGUGGAUGUAUUGGAGGUAAUUACCUGUCUUGAAAAGUAUCCUAUCACCAAAGAAGCACUUGAGGAAACCCGUCUCGGAAAAUUGAUCAAUGAUGUAAGGAAGAAGACCAAGAAUGAAGACCUUGCUAAGCGUGCUAAGAAACUCUUAAGGACCUGGCAAAAGUUGAUUGAACCUGGGCCAGCUGUGACUGCCAGUACCCCUGGGUCUACCAAUGGCAGUUCUCAUCCCUGCAGAACGGAUGCCUCUCCUCCUGACAUUUCUGUGUCGGGGAAGGGUGUCCCUGAAGUCAAAAUUAGAAACGAUGUUCACAACACAUACUCACCAAAAGCUGAGAAAUCAAGCAGCCGCAAACGCAGAGCCGAGCACAGAGACAGCGGAGUGCACUUACCAGAAAAAAUCUCCAAGAUGUCUUCAUUUGAUAACUCUGUUUCCCCACCACCCACCAAUGGGAUUUCGGGCAGCCCUGAUGCCCUGCCUGACCAGCAAGUCGUCCCGUCUCCUGACAGAUCUCGGAUAGAGCACCUUGAUAAUGAUAAAAUCAACAGAAUUCCGGUUAAUGCUGUCAAGCCUCGCCCCAGCUCCCCUGGAGUGGCCAAACUACCUAGCACUUCCUCUAUGAUCAAGGUUGCUGUGAUGCAGCAACAGGCCAGAUUGGAUGAAGGGGGAGGAGGGGGGUAUUAUCAAGCCAAAAGUCCCCGCGGCGUUACUACCAGUCCGAGGAGCAUGAAGCCAGACACAGUGACCAAGCGCUCCUCAGCAUAUGCCCCGAAAGGAACCCCUGUCCCAAGCCCUUCCUCUAGGGACUCUCCCUUGUCCCAGCCUGUAUCCUCCCCAGCCCAAGCUUCUUACACUGACAAGCUGCCACAUUCUUCUCAUAGGUCUUCAAUGCACUGGGCCAGUUCGUCAGAUGUCCCCUCUCAUUGCCCACCACAAGACAUAUCUGCAUCACUGGAAUCCCCAUCAAUCUCCCCUUCACCCUCUCACCCCCAACACAACUCAGAACUACACAGACCGACAUCUGAGGGAGCCAUGUCUGUAUCUGAUGACACAGACGGGCCAACGGUUCCCAACUCAGAGCAUAAACGGAGGAAGUACAGGUCAAGAGACUACUCUGUCAACCUUGAUGGUCAGAAAAUAGAGGACACAACUAAACCUGUGCGGUUAAAAGAACGCAGAUUAACAUUUGAUCCUGUCACAGGUCAGAUCAAAUCUUUGGUACAUAAAGAACCUUCUCAAAUAGAGGAUGCCCCCACUCCUGACCCUACAGAGUCUAGGCAGAGAACUGAAAGCACUGUACUACAGCCCGCUCCCACGACCCCAGUCCCAGUCCCUGUCCCAACCCCAGUCCCUGUCCCAGCCCUGGCCCCAGUCCCAGGUCCCAGCCCCAACCCCAACCCUUUCCAUCAAACAAACUGGAAGGAGCUGUCCAGAAAUGAAAUCAUCCAGUCCUACUUGAACCUUCAGAGUAAUGUGCUCACCUCCUCUGGGGUCCAGGCCCCGAGUGCACACUUUUUCAUGUCAGAGUAUCUGAAAAGGGAAGAACAGGAAAUCAAGGACUCAAGGAAGGUACAUGUUCUGCAGAAAGACAGCGCAGUAGGGGAUUUACCGGGCAUUAGCCGGGAGGUGACGGACGGGGACCUGGACAGGGUACACACACAGCACUGGCAGGGGGUGAACGGUUGUUAUGACACCGAGGGCACCUGGUAUGAUUGGACAGAGUGCAUAACAUUGGACCCUCAUGGGGAUGAAAGCAAAUUGAACAUCCUGCCAUAUGUUUGCCUAGACUGAGGUGUUUGGGAAGGUUGCUGUCCUUUUCCACUCCUUUCUUUGUCUCCCCACAGAGACGAGAUACUUUGUGAUUUUGUUUGUCCACUGUGAGUUCGGCAAAAGCCAGGCCUGCUAAACUCCCUCUCCCAUGCCUCUUCCUGUGAUAAUCUAAUGAGGGUUUGGUAUAAAAAAGAGUAAAGAUUAAAAGAAUAGUUGAGUUUGUAAUACCAAGGGCUGUUUCUGUUUUAUUUUUCAAACUGAAAGCCACAGGAAUGAUGAGGCCCUAGGUGCAGAGUGCUGCUACUAACACUGAAGGUAAUAAAGAGAGGACAAUUAUCCUAGACAACCAGAAAUGGUGUUAUGAUGUGAAUUUUUGAUGAUCUUAUUCGUACCUCUAUUUCAGGUUCACUGGGAUGAUUUUCUUUUUUUUAUACAUAUACCUUCCAGUUUCUAAUGAGGAAUUACAGUCUAGGGCUAAAUUUGAGGGAAGGCCGGGGUUUAGCUGUCCUGUCCAGACCGCCAUGUUGGUGCCCAGAAAGGUGUUGAUAGAUCUAGCACAGGUAGAGCCGAACAUGUCCAGAGUUUGAAAUACUGGAUCAUAUUUGGCAGUUACAAGAAGCUUUAUGUGAGAUAUAAAGAGUAAAUUAUAAAUUUCUUAUCAUGUAUACAUCUAUUUAUUUUUGACCAUUUCAUUUAUGGGACGUUCAGAAACCUAUAGAUCUGGUUUUGUGUUUUGUUUUUUUUCCUGUUUGCAUCACAAUGCUGUCAGCCUUAUCUUCAAUGUUCAAGGGGCAUACAAAUGUUUUUUGCAUGUUCUAUCUUUAAGAUCGGACAAUGCUUUUGGUCAUUAACAUUCCAUACUCCAACCUUCGCUCUCUGUCUCAUCACACAGCUCCCAUGUGCCCAUCCCAUCUCAACUCUCAAGAGGAAAUUUAUUCAGAAAGUAAUUUGGUUUAGUGCAGUGCAAAUAGUGCGGUGCUGAUUUACAAUUCAUUAAGCUAAAAUUAAAAACUCAUACUGACUUCUUCCAAACUUAAAUGGAUGCUUUGCCAUUAAAAUAACCAUUUGUUUAUCAAGUUUUCUCACCGCAUGUUACCUUGAAUUCUUAAACGUUUUUCACGACUGCCUCCACAGUGAACGAACAAACAGAAACCAGGAGAAAAUCCUUAAUGAAUUAAAGGGAAAUAGAGGUCUAACAACAGCAUAACUAUAUCAAAUCUGUUUCAAACUCUCACAACGGGUGCAGUAUAAUCCAAGUCUCAUUUUUCCAAUCGUAUGCUUGCUAAGUCCCAAACACGCAUUUUUGUGAAAACCUUGCUGUUGAAACACUCCCCCACUACUGUCACAUGCUUGUGCGGGCGCAGUGAGAGUUUGUCAGUCUGGGUGAGUAGUGCUACUGUCAAGCCUGACAUGGUACUAGCCAAAGUGUUUUAAAUCAAAAGUUUUUUGUGAAAAUGCAAAACACGACUCCCAUUUACUUAAAUAAAUUGAGGAUUUACUAUGUUUUCAGCCCUAUCAUUAACUGUGGAGGCAUGUGAGAAUUUUUUUUUUAAUUUUUAGAAUUUAAGAUAAAACAUGGCGAGUUACCAUACCAUGGUCAUUUUAAAGGUGAAGUAUUCCUCUAAUAUAUUUAAGAAUGUCAAAUCAGAUGGUGCUGAUCAAUAAAUGCAUUAUAGAGACAAAAGACACGGAAAUAUUUGAAUACUGGAACUCCCUUUUUCUUCCUUUCUUCUAAAUAUUGUUUGCCUUCUGAAAUUCCAUCACAAUAUUUUUCCGAGUUAAACAGCCUUAGUGAAUGUACAGGGUUGAGACCUCUUAUGCACUUGUUGACAACUUGUCGGUCGUUUCAUUACUGACUUAAUUCAAAUACUUACAGUGACUGAUGCUCCUACAAUCUGUGUCCACAAAACUUUCAUUCAGUCGUUAAAGACACAUUACAAGUUUUUUGCAGCUGCUUCCGAUAGUUUAGAAAACGUUUAGGAUGUUGUUUAUGGAUCAUUUAUUUUGCUUCCAUUUUUCAAUACAGCAAACAUGAAUGGCGGAGAGAGAGAAAGCUGUGUGCAUCAGAUAUUUUUGGCAUUUUCCAUGUGACAACCUAAACUUAAUUUUGAUGUCCCUUUAUACUCAUCAGUCACUACUGCUUUUUCCUCACAUGACUUAAAUUAAGCCUCUGUCCAUUCAUUCUUUCAGUCAUUCAUCCCUACCAAUGUGCCUUGGUAAAAAUGGUAAAUCUGGAUUUGCCUCUGCAUAAAACACGCCUGUCUGUGGAGCUGGGUGUAUGUGCAAGCUUUGCAAAUCCCGUGAUCAAUAUGACGCUGGUAUAUGCACCGUUUCUGUUACUUUUUGUACACACUGAUCUGGAGAGGGUGAAGCUGCAGACAAUGAGAAAACUGCACAACAACGCAGCUGGCAAUAAAGGAAAAAGUGCUACAACCGGUUGAUAAGAAUCUGUUUUCUGGAGUUUUGACUGGGGCAUCUUUAUUUGUUCAGUGUUUAACAUCUCUCAAUUGUUUGAAAAAUAAAAUGAUCUAAAUCUUCA